AUGGAACAGUUUACAGUCCUGUGGCUGUUAUUCGCCGUAAUCGUGGCGGGAAACUCGGCUGUCCUGGCGGGUCUUCUCCUGGGCAAAAGGCGAAAGUCUCGCAUGGAUUUCUUCAUCAAGCAGCUUGCUUUUGCAGAUUUACUGGUGGGACUGAUAUCGGUCUUGACAGAUAUCGUUUGGAGGACCACCGUAGCAUGGCACGCCGGUAACGUCGCCUGCAAGUUGAUAAGGUUCAUGCAAGCAGUAGUGACGUAUAGUUCGACCUACGUCUUAGUGGCUCUGUCCAUCGACAGAUACGAUGCCAUUACUCGACCCAUGAACUUCUCGGGGAGCUGGAGGCGAGCUCGAUUUUUAAUAUCUGCAGCUUGGGGUCUGUCCUUCCUAUUCAGCGUGCCCAUCAUCUUCCUUUACGAAGAGAAAUUAAUUCAGGGCACGACGCAGUGUUGGAUAGACCUAGGUUCUCCGGUUCAAUGGAGGGUUUACAUGAGUCUGGUCAGCGUCACGUUGUUCAUAGCACCGACGUUAAUAAUCGGCGGCUGUUACAUGGUCAUCGUGACGACAAUUUGGUCGCAAAGUGGAGCCUUGCGACAGGGCCCGGUUAAGGACACGAGAAGAGCGUCCUCGAGGGGCCUGAUACCCAGGGCGAAGAUCAAGACCGUCAAGAUGACGUUUGUCAUAGUUUUCGUAUUUGUCCUCUGUUGGAGCCCCUACAUCGUCUUCGACCUCCUGCAGGUGUACGGACACGUUCCCAAGACGCAGACCAACAUCGCCGUGGCCACCUUCAUCCAAAGUCUGGCACCAUUAAAUUCGGCUGCGAAUCCCAUCAUCUACUGCCUCUUCAGCACGCCUUUCUGUAAAACAAUACGGAACAUGCAGGCGAUCUCCUGGUUUUCGGGAUGGUGCCCUGCGAAUCCACAUCACUGCUUUGGCACCAGUGGUCCUCGCAGCAGCACGAGGACCACAGUGACGACAUCUUUGACGGCACAUUCUUCCAGAAGAAGCGGAAACGUCACCGUCCACCAGCCAUCCUCCCGGAAAAGAGUGAUGGUGUCCCUAGUGUAA